GCAGACGUGGUGUCGGCGUCGCAGGCUGCAGUGCGUGUUCACGGCGGUGAUACCGGCAGCGGCGGGCACCUCGUACGUAGCGUCCAUCAGCGGCCGGUCCUCCCGUCACCAGGGUAAAUUAAGUUUUCCCCCGCCGGGUUUCCUCCCUUGACUACAGAAUGCAUAUAAAAGAGGACCUAAAUCCAGUGCUGCGGUACGUCCUCCAUUUCUUCAUGUGGUUCUAUGGAGUGAUCACCUUUGUGCCGUGGUUCUUGCUUUCUGGUGCGAUAGAAAGGCAGAGGGGAGCAGCGCGGGUGAAGGCCAAGCCUCUGAAUGAAGAGCCAUGCAGCCCUUUCCGAUCGGUGGACAGCUUCUCCAGCCUGGCGUCCUCCCUGUACCCCGACUGUGAUACCCUGGACAAGGUCUUCAAGCACGCCACCAAACUGUUCAACGCCAAGGGAUGCCUGGGGACCAGAGAGGUGCUCAGUGAGGAGGAUGAAGUCCAGCCCAAUGGGAAGGUCUUCAAAAAGGUAAUCUUGGGAAACUACAACUGGAUGUCAUACGAGGAGGCCUAUUUGGUGGCAUCUAACUUUGGAGGUGGACUUUCUGCCCUGGGCCAAAAACCCCGGUCUAAUAUCGCCAUAUUUUGCGAGACGAGAGCAGAGUGGAUGAUCUCAGCGCAGGCCUGCUUCAUGUACAAUUUCCCACUUGUUACACUAUAUUCAACUCUUGGUGGUCCUGCAAUCGCCCAUGGACUUAUUGAAACAGAAAUCACCCACAUCAUUACCAGCAAGGAACUCCUGCAAACCAAACUGAGGAACAUCCUUCCUCAGGUUCCCUUGUUAAGGCAUAUUAUUCUUGUGGAUGGCAGCAGCACCCAGCAAACUGCUUACCCCGACCAUGUCACCGUGCACAGUAUGGCCUCCGUGCAGGCCCUGGGAGCCAGGCAGGCAAACAAGGCGCGGCCGUCCCCGCUACCACACGACAUUGCCGUCAUCAUGUACACGAGCGGAUCCACUGGGAUACCUAAAGGAGUGAUGAUCUCUCACAGCAACAUCAUAGCUGGUAUAACUGGGAUGGCACAGAGGAUAACGAAUCUGGGAGAGACGGAUACAUACAUUGGCUACCUACCUCUGGCUCAUGUGCUGGAGCUAAGUGCGGAGUUGGUUUGCUUGUCACGUGGCUGCCGUGUCGGCUAUUCUUCACCGCAGACACUUUCUGAUCAGUCCACUAAAAUCAAGAAAGGAAGCAAGGGUGAUGCAUCAGAACUGCAGCCAACUCUAAUGGCCGCUGUCCCGGAAAUCAUGGACCGCAUUUAUAAGAACGUCAUGAGUAAAGUCGCCGCUAUGAGUCCUGUUCAGAAAGGUCUCUUCUCCCUUGCAUACAACUACAAAAUGAAGCAGAUCUCGAGAGGGUACAGCACGCCACUGAGUGACAGGAUUGUUUUUCGGAAAGUGAGAAAAUUAUUAGGGGGAAAGAUGAGGGUCCUGCUUUCUGGUGGGGCACCUCUUUCAGCUGCCACCCAACGCUUUAUGAACAUCUGCUUCUGCUGCCCAGUUGGCCAAGGAUAUGGUCUUACCGAAACAUGUGGUGCUGGCACAAUAACAGAAAUGUGGGACUACAGUACGGGCAGAGUGGGAGCACCUUUGGUCUGUUGUGAGAUAAGACUUAAGAACUGGGAAGAAGGUGGCUACUUCAAUACUGACAAGCCUUGUCCCAGGGGAGAGAUUCUGAUUGGUGGUCCCAAUGUGACGAUGGGAUACUACAAAAAUGAGCAGAAGACCAAAGAAGACUUUUUAGUGGAUCAAAAUGGCCAGCGCUGGUUCUGUACUGGGGAUAUUGGAGAAUUCCACUCAGAUGGCUGCUUAAAAAUAAUUGACAGGAAAAAGGACCUGGUAAAACUUCAAGCAGGUGAAUAUGUUUCCCUUGGUAAGGUGGAAGCGGCCUUGAAGAAUCUCUCCAUUGUGGACAACAUUUGUGCGUAUGCAAACAGCGAUCAGUCAUAUGUGAUUGGCUUUGUGGUGCCAAAUCAGAAGGAUCUAUUAAAGCUAGCGGAGAAGAAAGGAGUGCAAGGAAGCUUUGAGUCUCUGUGCAAUAACCCAGUAAUGGAGAAGGAAGUGCUCAGAGUCUUGGCAGAAUCUCCCGCAGCAGCCACCCUUGAAAAGUUUGAGAUCCCUGCUAAGCUCCGCCUUGUUUCUGAGCCUUGGACUCCUGAGACAGGAUUGGUGACCGAUGCCUUCAAGCUGAAACGCAAGGAGCUUAAGAGUCAUUACCAGGAAGAUAUUGAGAGGAUGUAUGGGGGGAAAUGAAGCCUUGGAAGGCUUUCUACCAACUUUUUCUUUUCUCCUUUCUUCCUUUGGAACAAACAGUUACUUCUAGACCUUGCUGCAGUAGAUUAGACUAAGAGCCUGUCUGCAACAAGACCUGGGAUUAAUGGAAAAGCUUGAAUAUCUCUCCUGUAUCUAAAUGUAUCUGCGAGACUCGGACCUUGGUCUAUUUUUUAUUUUUUUUUAGUAGUUGGUAGUCCUAUUUAUCAAAGUCCAUUAGAGAUCUGACUGUCCACCAUGCAGUUGGAAUGAAUGUUGGCACCAGGAACUCUACAACAUAAGUCUUCAUGCUGUAAAUCUAUUAUGAUGUGCCCAUGCUUAUGUAAUAUGGUGUGGGAGAUGUCCUUGGUCUAUGUGGGUGUGUAUAUAAUAUAUAUAGAUAUGUUAGUUUUGUUUUUAAGGUGGAUUAUUUAAAGCGGCAGUUCAGUACAUUAGUAUUUUUUUUCCUUCUCUUAAACCUAUUUCUCUUUAAAGUAUUUCCUCUGGGUUCUCGGGUAAGCACAUGCUCUUUAUUUCUUUGCUCAAGGUACUUGAACGUGAUAGACAAGGAGCUUCUGGGAUGAUCGCCUCACUGAGCCAGUCAGAAAACUUUAAAAAAAAAUGUAUUCGGUUUGUAAAAUGAGGCCUUUAAUAUAUUGAUAAUUUAUUAAUUUUAACCCAGACAUACAGGUCCUUCUAAAAAAAUUAGCAUAU